CAAUUCAUCUUUUCGGAUCCCCGUCAAUUUCGGUGGCGGGAUUCCACAGCGAACAUUGCCUCUCCUCCACACUUCCAACAUGACCUCCCGACCCGCUACCAUCACGGGAGGCUGUCUCUGCAACUCAAUCCGCUACGCCAUCCACUUCCCGCCCGAAGUAAAGUGGCCACCUGAGUCCGCAACUUGCCAAUGCACCAUGUGCCGAAAAUGGACAUCCUCCCUUUGCGCCCAAUUCCUCGUCCUCCUCCCCUCCCAACUUACCCCCUUCCCCUACACCUUCCAUUCCCACUUCCCCACCUACACCGAAUUCCAGUCCUCUUCAAACCGCUUCCGUGGCUUUUGCAGCAAAUGUGGGAGUUCAUUGAUCUGGCGGAGUCAAGACAACCCAAAGACACUGGACUUAUUUCUCGGGACUGUGGAUCAGAAGUGGCUGGUCGAGGAAAAGGAAGUUGGGAAAGCUUUGGCCACGCCAAAUCAAUACCAAAUUUGGUGCGAGAAUGCGGUUAAGGAUGUGACGGAUUUGGUCAAGACCGGAAGAAGGUUUUUGAGGGAGGAUGAUGAGGGCACGAAAGGAGAGCUGAUUGAUUGA